AUGAGUUGUAGUAAUGAAGCGAUGGUCUUUAAUAUUAUGGUUAAUGAUGACAAACUCAGUAAUGGGCACAAAUAUGAUAGUAGAUAUAAAUAUGGUUUUGGGUACGAAUAUGGUGUUAGGAAUGAAUACAGUAUUGGGAACGAAUAUCGAUAUGAUAGUAGACACGAAUAUGGUAUUGGUCACGAAUAUGAAAACAUUACUGAAGAUGCGAAUGAUGAUUAUAAAAUACAAAAGGUUUUUAAUAGUUGGGAUGUUGCUAUAGAAGAAAUUGAGAAAUAUGCAUGUCGUAAAGGAUUUGGGACUAGGCGUCUUCGCGUAGAAAAAUUAGACAAUAGUGAUAUUCGGCGAUACACGAUAGUGUGUGAACACUUUGAUCGUCCUGAACAAACGAAAAAUAAGAACCCGCAAAAUAAAACUACGUCUAAACGUAUAGGAUUUGACAAGAAUAAAAAUCAUGAGCUUAACCCACCAUACCGUACCUUUCAAGAGUCUCUUAAGUUUAGUGAAAAAAUGUUUAAGGAUAUCGAAUUUUAUGUGAAAAAGAUGAAUUGCAAAAUACAGCGUUUCUGUCCAAAGUUACGUGAUCAAACUAAUAAUGCAGCUUGCUUAUAUGAGGAAUUGUUAAAAAAGAAAGAAAAAAAUCCAUGUUGGUAUAUGACAUUGGACUGGAAUCCUAAUACUAAGUGUCUUCGCCA